GGUCGGGCAUCGGCAUUUUGCGUCUAUUUCGAGACAGUUUCGAUAACACGAGCCGUGUUUGAAGACCAGCUGCCUUUUACGAUAUCAGUUUUAGGUUCUUCGACCGGUUCGUUUGCUGCAAAAUUUGCGGUUUCGCCCACGCCGCACGGGUUUCUUUUUGAUGUAAAUGAGGGUAAACGCAUUUGCUACUCGUUCGGGAAAAUAUGCAGUAACCGACAUCCUAGGAGCCACCCAUAAACCAUCGACCAAUGAACGGUCGCGGUGGCUUUACGCCACUUGACACCAUUUCAUCCAUCCGCUUUGUUAGCUAAUAGCGCCUUAUACCACUCGACUCGCAUACUCUUUCAUUACAUCGCUCGAGCAAAGACGGUGACGGCACUUUCGUCGGCAUGAAUGCUCCUUCAUUAGACAUCAAACAUGAGAAGUCGGAGAAGUCGUUCUCGAUUAGCCAUAUUCUGAGCUUGCCGGAGAAGCUCGGAUCGGAUGGCGACGGGCGAAUGAGUUCCGGGAGUCAAGAAGAUGUCCUCAGCACCGAUUCUACAUCGAGAGACGAAGAAAUCAAACCGAUGGCAAACUGGAUGCUUUCCAACGGUCAACCACACUCAGAUUCGGAGAGUAUACAAACGGAAGCCGGCGAGCAUAACAAGUCUACGAGGACUCGACCAGGAGAUGUCAAACUCGGUGAGACGCAGAGCAAGAGACGGAAACCGCGCGCUCUCUUUAGCCACGUGCAGGUCUACGAACUCGAACGCCGCUUUCGCAUACAGCGUUACAUUUCGGCGCACGAGCGCCAAGAGCUCGCACGUCGUCUCAAGCUCAGCGAAACCCAAGUCAAGAUCUGGUUUCAAAAUCGGCGAUACAAGUGGAAGCGCCAGCAGUCCGAGGAGUCUCAGAUACUCGGACAAUCGGGACUGCAAGGGGUAGCGACAGCGUCGGUCACACUACCUCACACGAUGCAACCGUACAAAGACGCCGGCCUUCCAAUGUCAUUCAUCGGCUAUUCGCCGCACCUGCGCCAGAACGCAUACACGCAUUGUCCUUCGACCGUCAGAGCUUACAGCUUUUCUCUAGACCCUCGGCUGCGAACAUGGCAAGGUGCCCAUUGGUGGCCGUACCAUUAAGUGUCGUGCGACGUUGACGUCCGGGACUGGCAAAUACACCGCAGGACAUGGUGGAAACAUAGAUUGUCUAUUCUAUAUUCUAUUCUAGUUGCCUUCAGUUGAUCUGCUUGGUCAGACCGACUUGUAUAUACUAAAUUCAGCGUCAGGCAGGGACUGUAUCGGUAUCAUUUGUAUAUCUAGUGUGUAUGUACACUUACUAAAUACAUCGACAUCUUUUCCAGUGGAAGCUUUGCAUCACAGUUCUGUGUAAAAUCAAGUUUAAAUAAAAGACAUACUACACAGCUCGAGGGUGUGGUAGACGA